AUGGUUGCUGAAUUUAAUGUCUACUGCGCGAUAUGUUGCUGUCCUCUCGGAGGCUCGUGUGAAGUCGGCUCUACCAACCCCUGGCACCUAAAACUACGCCGUGCACGCGUCGCGAGAAGGACUUAUUCACGCCGCACAGGAAGUCUUUACUACGAAACAGAUGAAGAGGAGGAGGAUGAGAAAGAAGAAAGGCUUUCCAAGAUGCCAUGGCUCCGAGAGACGGCAGAAGCAGACGUUGACGAGGACACUGCUUCAGUCAACAGCGACGACUAUGAUCACAGUUACGAUCCGGAUGUCAUCAGCCCAGAGGACCUCUCCUGGCUGAACACUGUGUUCGCCCUGGGAAUCGCUCAUCGCAAACCUGGGCCCAGGACAUAUAUGUUGUGUGAUUGUUAUUAUGACGACCGGAACCGGGUUUACAUUCACGACACAGACCCUGACGACUCCGAUGAGCAAUCACGUUAUUUCGCCUAUGGCGUGUCUGAUUUAACUGAUCCUCCAGUCUUCCCGGUUCACUGGGAGUGUAUCGUAUUGCUCAGUCGAGCCAUUGGCAUCUCAAGUGUCGCCUCUAUCCAAAAGAACGUCCUUUAUGACGUGAUGCUUGAUUUGGCAGAUUUUAGUUGUCUGAAUCUGAGCUAUGGUGAUAUCACAGGUCCAGACCAAGACUGGCAAUGUAUACCCGGCGAGGAGUAUUCCGUGGUCUGUCCUACCCUAGAGUUUGACAUGGGACAUCAAAUCAUUGUCGACUUUGAAGCCGGCCUAUUCGAAAGCCAGAAACCCUUAGAACUAGGCAACAAAGUGAUCAAAGAUCCGUUCACGAACAUGCCUUACGAUGUCAUAUAUCUUAUUCUUCAGUAUUUACCUGGAGAUUCGAUAAUGGCGCUCAACAGGGCAUCCUGGGCAAUCCUCACACUUACUCGAAGCAAUUCGUUUUGGAAAAACCGUCUCGCGGGGGACAUGGUCUGGCUUUGGGAGCUCCAACAGUAUUUUGAGAGCCCCGAGUCCAGUAGAGUGCGAAAUUAUAAGUCUCUUUACUUGUGGCUGGAUAAGAAGACUCAGCCAUUGUAUGGACUGACUGGUACCUUUAUGGGAAUUGCCAAUCGGAGACGCAUAUGGGGGCCCUGUACAGAACUGGCAGAACGAUAUCAUAGAAAGCUACACGGUUCGCUCCAGUGA